CCUUUGUCAAAAGUUACCCCAGCCUCUAAUUGCAGCAAGCAUCGAUUUCUUCGUUGAAAUAGCCUCAGCGGAAUUUUAGAUACACAAGGCCAUUUGGAAGAGCGUCACGAGAAUGUCAGCAAACAGGACAGACGUCGAAGAUACGGUGGUUGAACAGUCAGCGCAAGUACCGCAGGAGGUCGGCGAGGCUCUGGCGCCCCAGAGUGGCCAUCCAACAUCAAGCUGCUGCAUGCCGGUAAGCUGGACCACGUUGAACCUUAGUUCUAUUGAGCUGCAGGUCCAGUUUCCCAUCAGCCAAGCAGAAAACUUGCACAAAGAAAUUGCUAAACGUAAGGCAAAAAAAGACAGUGAGCCUUGGGUCAGAGAAUUGAGGGCGUUCAUCCAUGCAUGUCAGCCUUACUUCAACUUCCUGGAAUCCACAGCCAGAACCAAGAUGUUGUGCCCUGAUGACCUGUUGGAGCUCUCUCAGCAACUGUGUGAUGUAUUGGAACGUCUGGUGUUGGACUCUGCCAGCUGCAAUCUCCUCACAUUGGACCAGACAGAUCCUGACAAUAUGUCUGACUUCUGCAUCGGCCAAAUAGAGCUGCAGCGACUGAGACUGAGCGUGACCAUGUUCCGCUACUGUAAGCCCACGCCGUACCUGGCAAGGUUCAACACCGGCGUGUUCAAGCGCAUGCGCUGGAACGUGGAGAGACUUGAUGAUGGGUACAAAAAGUACUACUACCUGUGCUGUGAGGAUACUCCAAAUAUACACGCAGAUAGUGACAAAUAUGAUAUCACAGUGGUGCGGAUGUGGUCCAUUGGUCAGUGGGUGCAGGUGAAGCCUGACCCCAACACUGAGAGCAUCGUUGACUGGGUGCUUUGCGACGUUCCAGAGGGCGACUUCGAAAAGCUGCUGUUUCUGGGCGAACAAGAGCCGUCCAGCCACAGAGCCACCGACCAACUUCUAAAGCUGCUCAUGUCCCAGGAGGGCAUCUCACCUCAGCUGGACUUGAGACUCAGUCAGGUUUGAGGAGGAUAUUGUUCUGUUGUAAACAAGUAUAGGUUUGGACAAAGGGGCUCAGAGUUAGAUACAGCUCAAGCAGGAUUUCAGAGUCAUGUGAGGGGACUUGGGAUACCAAUAUCUCCAUAAGCAGAACCGCGUUAUAGUUACAAGACUCCUUACCUCAUGUCUGUUUCAGUAUUAAGUGUCGAAAGUGACAUUUUGUCUUUUAAGUCUGUUUGGCUUUGAAACGUUGACAUUUUUGCACUGUUUACAGUUUGCUUACAACCUCUUGUCUAGAAAUAUUUAAUAUACAGUUAUGUUAUUCUAAGCUUUAGACACUUUAAAAUUGACCUUUUGUAAUUUU